AUGUCAUCGAUGAACAAGUACUGGAUCCCACAUUUGGAUAUCCACAAAAAGGUCAUCACUCAAGAGCUCCAGUACUAUCUGGGACCUCAAGCAACAGUCAGACCUUUUACUCGAGAGGGAGAAGAUGGAUUUCUGAUCACAACACCAGGGCCCUGCCUGAGCGAUGAGCAAAUCGAUGAUAUCUGCGUCAAGUCGAAAGAGAUGUGGGAAAAGCAAGCAGCAGCUCGAGCAACAGCAACCCCGGAUAAACCUCUCAAGAGACCAUUACAUCAGCCCGUCGUGAUAGCCCAGGCAAGCUCAGGCGGAACGGAACCCUCCAAGCGAAGAAGAGAGGACCGGCGGGAUGACCGGCGAGAUGACAGGCGAGAUGACAGGAGAGAUGAUAGGAGAGAUGAUAGGAGAGACGAUAGGAGAGAUGAUAGGAGAGAUGAUAGGAGAGAUGAUAGGAGAGAUGAUAGGAGAGGCGACCGAAGGGACGACCGAAGGUGGGGUGAACAGAGGAGUCGACGUGAUGACCGAAGCUGGUCCAACGAGAGACGUCGUGAUUAA